AUGGCAGUAAAUGCUAAUACAUCAGCUUCGAUGGAUUCCAUCAAAAAGAAAAUGCAAUCGUUGAAAGUUGAAAAGGAUAAUGCCGCUGAUCGUGCUGAUCAAGCCGAACAACGUCAACAAGAUCUUCAAGAAAAACUUAAAUUAUCAGAAGAAGAGAGCACUAGUUUACAAAAGAAAAUUCAACUGGCUGAAGCCGAACUUGAUGGUGUUCAAGAACAAUUAGCUGAAGCUAAUGCUAAACUUGAAGCUAAAGAGAAGGCUGCAGUUGAUGUAAGUAUUCUCAAUUUAAAUAACGGUACAUUACGUUCAUUAACUCGUACUCCACAACAACAACAAAGUUCUAGUUCAUCAUCGAUGAACGAUUCAGGCAGUUCUGUUAUUGAUACAAUUCGAAAACGUAUGCAACAAAUAAAAGAUGAAUUGGCUAAGUCCCAUGAUGAUUUGCAUGCAUAUCAGAUUGAACGUGAACGUGAAAAACAUGCACGAGAACAAGCUGAAGGUGAAAUAGGUGGUGUUACACGUCGUAUACAAUUGGUUGAAGAAGAUCUUGAACGUACUGAAGAACGUCUUUCUCAAGCUACACAAAAACUUGAUGAAGCAUCACAUGCUGCCGAUGAAAGUGAACGAAAACGUCUUAUUCUUGAUGGCAAAGUUGGUCGCAAAACUCUUGAACAACGUACAUACCAAUCUGAUGAACGUAUUGGUACACUUGAACAGCAAUUGGCCGAAGCACAACUUAUAGCUGAGGAUUCCGAUCGAAAAUAUGACGAGGUUGCUCGUCGUAUUGCUGUUAUGGAAGUCGAUUUGGAACGAGCUGAAGAUCGGGCCGAAGCUGCUGAAGCAAAAGCUCUCGAACUCGAAGAAGAACUCAAAGUUGUUGGUAACAAUAUGAAAUCACUUGAAGUUUCUGAACAAGAGGCUCUGCAACGUGAAGAAAGUUAUGAAGAACAAAUUCGUGAUUUAUCUACACGUCUUAAAGAUGCUGAACAACGUGCUGACCUUGCUGAACGUACAAUGGCCAAACUACAAAAGGAGGUCGAUCGUCUCGAAGACGAAUUACUUCAAGAAAAAGAGAAGUACAAGGGUGUCAGCGACGAACUCGACAUGACAUUAAACGAAUUGUCAGGUUAUUAA